AUGUCCACUGCCAACACAGCAAAAAAACGCCUGGAGACCAUCAAGCACCAUUUGAAUCCAGAUGAACACCCUCAUUUUGAAUCAUUACGUAUUCAAAGAAAACAAAAUCAAGUGCCUUACGUCUCCAAACUGGAUCCAUUGAGUUUUCUGCUGAGAAGCGCCAUGGUGUAUACUCACAAAACCGCCAUCAUUCAUGGACAAAAGAAUUUCACCUACUUGCAACUGUCUGAACGAGUCAAGACAUUGGCCAAUGUAUUGAUCGAUACAUACCAAGUCCAGCCUGGCGAUCGUGUCGGUAUUCUGUGUCAGAAUAUUCCUGCAUUUGUGGAAGCCCAAUAUGCUAUACCCGCCAUUGGUGCCAUUAGUGUGCCAAUGAAUACCCGUCUCGCUGCAAAGGAAAUCGAGUACAUUACUGAUCAUUCCGGCUUAACUGUGUUGAUUGUGCAAACAGAGCUGAUGGGUCGUCUUACAGAACGAACAAAGCAAGCGUCCCACUUGACACUGAUCGAGGUUUCUGAUUCAGAGAAUGUGGACCAAGAUCCUUACGAAAUCAUGCUGGCCAAGUGCAAGUCUCCCCGUCUGGGCUGGAAUGAUUUCCCCACAGUGGCUGAUGAAAAUGAGGUGAUCUCUGUAAACUACACAUCUGGAUCCACAGGUAGACCCAAGGGCGUCAUGGUGACUUAUCGCGGCGCUUACAUGAUGGCAUUGGGCAUGGCCAUCCAUGGUCAGCUCUCGUCUUCCUCUGUAUAUUUGUGGACUUUGCCCAUGUUUCAUUGCAAUGGAUGGGGUUUCCCUUGGGCUAUUGUUGCUGUAGGAGGAACACAGAUCAUGCUGAAUAAAUUGGACUAUGCGCUUAUUUGGAAACUGUUGAAAGAGCAUGGGGUGACUCAUUACAAUGGCGCACCUACAGUUCAGAACGAAAUAUGUAAUCAUGAAGAUGCUGUUCGCCUUGGUCAUUCGGUGAAUGCCUAUAGUGGAGGUUCAGCUUUGUCGAGUACCUUGGUGCGUCGCAUGAAGGCGCUGAAUCUGAAGCCCACACAAGUGUAUGGCUUGACCGAGACCUACGGGCCAGCUGUGUUGACCUAUGAUCACUUUACACUAUCACAGUAUGAUGAGGAAGAACAAGCCAAACUGCUUGCUCGACCUGGCUUCAAUAUCGUUACAUCAGAUGAGCUUCGAGUGCUCAAUGUACAAACAGCCAAGGAUGUCAAGCCCGACGGAAAAGACAUUGGAGAGAUAUGUUUUACUGGCAACCUUGUGAUGAAGGGAUACUACAAGAACCCUGAGGAGACCAAGAAGGCAUUCAGACAUGGUGUUUAUUGGACAGGUGAUCUUGCUGUUAGACAUCCUGAUGGUUCUAUUGAAAUUGUGGACCGUAGUAAAGAUGUCAUUGUGUCUGGUGGCGAAAACAUCAGCUCCAUUGAGGUGGAGAGUGUCAUUGUGCAAUUAGAUGAGAUAUCAGAAUGUGCUAUCGUUGCUGGGCCUGAUGAUAAAUGGGGCGAAAGACCAGUUGCAUUUGUCGUGCUCAAAAAGAAUAGAACAUUGACUGAAUCUGCCGUUAUCGAUCAUUGUAGAAACUCGUUGGCAGGUUACAAGUGUCCCACCAAAAUCGUAUUUACAAAGGAGAUUCCGAAAACGAGGCAAGGUCCAGAAAUUCGUUUUACGGGAGGGAUUAUGGGCAAAUUACAAAAAGAGGAUCAACUAGGAGGGCACGAUUUACUUGCCUCCUUGCAAAUUACUACUAACAAUGAGCAUGUACAUGGUAUCAUUCAGUGCACCGUGUUUUAUAUAAUAUGCAUAACUGCCAAGCACCACCAUAAGGAUUGCGAUGAUGACGAUCACGAAGAAUGGGAUGAUGACUGGAAGGACGAUCAUGAUUGGGACAAUGACAAUGACUGGGACAAUAAUGAUUGGGAUCAUGACAACCAUCCUUCUUCCAUCUGGUCCAGUGGCUGGCCUGUUUACACCGCUACUGGUGUUCCUACCGCCUCCCCCAAUCAGCCUCAAUACGGUAGCUUAGCCAGUGUCACUGGUGUUGGUGUUCCAAUUACACUCGCUGCCAUCAUGUUUACCAUGGUCAUUGUAGCUUAA